AGAGCCGCUCCUCCUUUUGCUUUCCCCAUCGUCCCGCGGGGCGACCAAACCCUAAUCCCCAUCGCCCUGCCAUGCCGUCCGAGGCCUCGAGCCGCCGCCGCGGCCGCGGCCGCGGGCGCGGACCCCCCGCCGACCCACAGCCAGCCCAGCGCCGCGGCGGACGCGGGUCGGCCGCCAAUCCGGCCGCGGCAGCCCGUCGCCGCCGCGCCGACGACAGGCUCCGCGCGGGCUACUCGAGGGUGGUGCACUUCGACGUCCCCGCCGCCGCCGGCGGGCGCGAGGUCAUCUCCGUCGACUGGCGCGGGGAGCGCCCGGAGAGCGGCCGCGUGCCCGGCGGAGGGCUCACCGUCUUCGUCGCCCUGGGCAGGGACGGGAGGUACUCGGCCGACGGCCUCCGAGGGCGGUUCGACACCAUCGAUGAGCUCCUCCACGCCUUCGGUGCCUGCUGGCCCUCCCCCUGCGCCGUUCCCGCACCGUCUGAGGAGCAGUCGUCAACAGCUGCCCAGGCUGGGUCUUACCCACUGCGUGCUUCGACCUCCACCCGGCACGCCCAGUCGUCAACCGCUGCCCAGGCUGGCUCGUACCCACUGCAUGCUUCGACCUCCACUCGGCACGCCCAGUCAUCAACCGCUGCCCAGGCUGGGUCAUACCCACUGUAUGCUUCGACCUCCGCGACACAGGAUUGCUUGUAUGCUCCGAUGUCCGCAACACAGGAUUGGCCCUACGCUCCGGUGUUCACUCCGGAGUCUGCUCCGGUGUUUGCUCCGACGUCAAAGCAUGCUCCGCCGCCAACUCCGUACGCUUAUUUCGCAAAGUUGUACGCAAAGUAUCUUCCGGACUGCCCUCCGGCAUACUCUCCAUGCUCUCUGACGCCGUCUAAGGAGCAGCAUAUGGAUGAGCCUGCAUCGGCACAUACGCUGCAAAAACUGGAUGUCCUGUCAUUGGAGGAUUCGAACAAUGGACCAUCAGGGUGCCGCCUUUCCUCGUCGCCCAUUUGGAACCGUUCUGUUUUUGACUGGGGAAUUACAUUUUACACCACCAGAGAUCGCACAGGAUCUUUCCGCACGUAUCCUGAUGUGGGCGGGCCUUUCCAGAGCUUGGAUGAAGUUAACAGCGCUAUCGAUCGAUAUCUCAUUGACCAUGAGGAUCCAACAAUGUGUGCGGGGCUUUCUCAAGUGGAUGCGAUUGUAAAACGUGUUCGUUACUAUCCUGAUGGCACAAAGAAGCGUGGAUCAAAAGUCAAAGAUAAAAGGCGUGAUGAGGAUUACCAGUUGGCUCGAGCUUUGGUGGACAUGUAUAACGACCAUCAUAAUCUUUUUGGGGAUCUUGCAUAUGAGGUCAAAGAUUUUCUGCAUGGCAAGCCGCUUUGGGAGGAUUAUUAUAUCCAUUGGACGUACUUUCAUAUGAAUUUCACUGCAAAGACCAAAGGAUCUUAUGGUGUUGACACUGGCAACCUAUUCUUUGCUGAAGUCGCAUAUACGCGAGGAGAUGAUGGAUUAACGGUGAACAGUUGCUGUAUACUUGAACCUUCUUCUGAUCAUGGCCUCUGCUAUGGUUGUUGUGGUGAUGUGAAGCACCCCAACGAUGGUAAUGCAUAUGCUUGUGGUCGGCGGAACAUAUCGUAUUGUUUUCAGAACGGUGCACCUGAUCUACCUCUGGACUAUUUCGUGGACCGCUAUUACGAGGACUCUGAUGAAGAGGUGGAAAGACUGAGAUCUCAGUUCAAGGAGGUUGUUAAGGAGGAACUCAAGCCACUGCCGAUGCCCCUCGUGGUUUAACUGCUCGAAGCCAAACUUAGAAGGGUUCUGGCAAAUAAAAGAAAAUAUUGUUGCCAUGAGCUGCAGAAAUUAUCUCCUCCAUGGGUUGAAGAGAAGGCGGCUUUGCAUGAGGGAGCUAGCUGCAACGUUAAAUUAUUAGAUGAUGAAACUGCAAACUUGUUGUUUUAUCGCAGUGGAGAACUUUUUUGGUGUUUUAUCAUUUGUGCCACUGACCUAGUGCAUAUCUCUCUCUAAUAAUCACAGUCGUCGGUUGCGUGCUUCU